CGCCAGAAAAAGAGUUGGAAUUAUCGCGAAUAGGUUAUGAAAUAUUACACUUCGUUUGCAGUACGAAUAGACGUUUCUUUGGGAACUAAAUUCGUAUUACUCCGCGUGUGAAUAGUUUUGUUGGAAAGGCAUUGUUUAUUUGGAAUGAGGCGUAAUCUAUUAGCGGAUUCUUCUUCGCUGUCAUCGACAAAAAGUGACACGACGUCUACCACGGCAACAUGGGCAGAAGAGAGAAAACAAGAUGGAAAGGUGCGUCUAGCUGUCGUUGCUGGACUUUUUGCAACAAUCGGAAGUGUGCUCGGUAAACUUGCUGGAAGUGUCGAGAUAGUUUCCAUAGUCGCGUUAAUGCUUAAAGGAAUACUUCUGGUACUGAUGAUAACAAGUAACACAGUGGGCUGCACAUUUUUCGUGAAAGCGCUCAAUGCCAGCGGAUCUUCUUUACCAUGUACUAUCGCUAGCGCCGCCACGAGUUAUGUUUGCUCGGCUCUGGCGGGUUUCUUAGUUUUCAACGAGUCGACGUCGAUUACUUGGUGGUGCGGCAUAUCGUUCGUUAUUUUGGGUUUAUUGUUCAUCUGCAACACUCCAGCAAAAAGCGAUCCUACGGAGAAAUCGAAAGAACAAUAAUUUAUAAGAAUAUCUAGAAGUGUUCAUUCUUACAUUUGUCAUUAUUAUUCCAUUACCAGAAGUCUCUGAUAAAAUUAAGAAUAAGUUAAGUUAAUUUUUCGUUUUCGAAAUGUAGUCAAAUAAAAAAAUGAAAAAAUAAGGAACUUGUGAGCCCUGAGACUUAAACUUCGUUAGUUUCAUAAUAGAUCGGUCCUGACUCUACUGUAAUAUUAUUACUUUUAUUCGUAUGAAAUUGUAACAGUAUUCGUAUUUACUUUAAUAUGUAUUACAUUGAAUAAAUAAAUAAACUACUA